AUGAUUACCAUCAGAUCAUUAAUCAAACGGAAUGUGAAGUCUAGUACUUUAACUAGGUUCAAUCGUUCAAAAUUAUUAUCAUACCAAAAUAUCAAAAAAUUUUCGAGUUUGAAUGUUCCAUUGAAGAACCAACAACCAACAUAUGCUGGGGCACAAUUAUUGAAACAAUUCACAGAUGAAAAUGCUCAAAAGCUAGUCGAUGUGUCUAAGGUGUUGGUUAUCGGCUCUGGUGGUUUAUCUAUUGGACAGGCCGGUGAAUUCGAUUAUUCUGGUUCUCAAGCCAUCAAAGCAUUGAAGGAAGCAAAUAAGAAGUCUAUUUUGAUUAAUCCUAAUAUCGCUACUAAUCAAACUUCUCACUCUUUGGCUGACGAAAUAUAUUACUUACCUGUUACUGCGGAAUACAUUACUUAUAUUAUAGAAAGGGAAAAGCCAGAUGGUAUUCUCUUGACCUUUGGUGGUCAAACUGCGUUAAACGUCGGUGUCAAAUUGGAAAAGAUGGGUGUGUUCGAAAGGUAUGGAGUUAAGGUUUUGGGUACUCCUAUCAAGACUUUGGAAACUUCUGAGGAUCGUGAUUUAUUCUCCCAAGCAUUGAAAGAGAUCGAUAUUCCAAUAGCAGAAUCGAUUGCUGUCGAAACUGUUGAUGAUGCCUUAGCUGCUGCUGAGACUGUUGGAUAUCCAAUCAUUGUUAGAUCUGCUUAUUCUUUGGGUGGUCUUGGUUCUGGGUUCGCUGCGAAUGAACAAGAGUUAAGAAACUUAGCCUCGCAAUCUUUGUCUUUAGCGCCACAAAUUUUAGUUGAAAAGUCAUUAAAGGGAUGGAAGGAAGUUGAAUACGAAGUCGUUCGUGAUCGUGUUGGUAACUGUAUUACUGUUUGUAAUAUGGAAAAUUUUGAUCCAUUAGGCAUUCACACUGGUGACUCCAUUGUUGUUGCUCCAUCUCAAACUUUAUCUGAUGAAGAGUACCAUAUGUUAAGAACUGCUGCUAUUAAGAUUAUUAGACAUUUAGGUGUCGUUGGUGAAUGUAAUGUCCAAUAUUCAUUACAACCAGACGGGUUAGAUUACAGAGUUAUUGAAGUUAACGCUCGUUUAUCUCGUUCUUCGGCAUUGGCCUCUAAAGCUACUGGAUAUCCAUUAGCUUACACUGCAGCCAAGAUUGCUUUAGGUCACACUUUACCAGAAUUGCCAAACCCAGUCACCAAGACUACAUCGGCUAAUUUCGAACCUUCAUUGGAUUAUAUGGUUACAAAGAUUCCUAGAUGGGAUUUAGCUAAAUUUCAACAUGUUAAGAGAGACAUUGGUUCUGCUAUGAAAUCUGUUGGUGAAGUUAUGGCAAUUGGUCGUACCUUUGAAGAAUCAUUUCAAAAGGCUAUUAGACAAGUUGACCCAUCUUACGUUGGUUUCCAAGGUGAUAAAUUUGAUGAUUUAGAUGACGCAUUAGCCAAUCCUACUGAUAGAAGAUGGUUAGCGGUCGGACAAGCUUUACUUCAUGAAAACUAUUCGGUUGAUCAAGUUCAUGAAUUAACCAAGAUUGAUAAAUGGUUCUUGCACAAAUUAAUGAACAUUGUCAAUAUGUAUAGAGAAUUAGAAAGUGCUGGAAGCUUAUCCAAUAUCAAUAUUGAUUUAAUGACUCGUGCUAAGAAAUUAGGUUUUUCAGAUAAGCAAAUUGGUUUAUGUGUUUCUGCGAAGGAAUUAGAAGUUAGAGAUGUUAGAAAACAAUUUGGUAUCACACCAUUUGUUAAAAAGAUUGAUACCUUAGCAGCAGAAUUCCCAGCUAAUACCAACUAUUUGUACACAACUUAUAAUGCCACUUCUUCUGACUUAGAAUUCAACGAUAAAGGUACUAUGGUUUUAGGAUCUGGUGUUUACCGUAUUGGUUCCUCAGUUGAAUUCGACUGGUGUGCUGUUUCUACUGCCCGUGCAUUAAGAGAAUCCGGUCACAAGACUAUCAUGAUUAACUAUAAUCCAGAGACAGUUUCUACUGAUUUCGAUGAAGUUGAUAGAUUAUACUUUGAAGAGUUAUCAUUGGAAAGAGUCCUUGAUAUUUAUGAAUUAGAAAAUGCUCAAGGUGUUGUUGUAAGUGUUGGUGGUCAAUUACCUCAAAAUAUUGCCUUGACUUUACAAAAUUCAGGCUGUAAUGUUUUAGGUACUAAUCCUGAAGAUAUUGACAAGGCUGAAGAUCGUCACAAAUUCUCACAAAUUUUAGAUUCCAUUGGAGUCGAUCAACCAAGGUGGAAAGAAUUAACUUCUAUUGAAGAAGCCGAAAAGUUCGCUAACGAUGUUGGAUUCCCAGUUUUAGUCCGUCCAUCCUACGUUUUAAGUGGUGCUGCCAUGUCUGUUAUCAACAGUGAGUCUGAAUUGGUUGAAAAAUUAGGUAACGCCUCGAAGGUUUCCCAGGACUACCCGGUUGUUAUUUCUCAAUUUAUCCAGGGAGCUCAAGAAAUCGAUAUUGAUGGGGUUGCAAGUGAAGGGGAAGUUUUAGUACAUGCAGUUUCUGAACACGUUGAAAAUGCUGGUGUUCACUCCGGUGAUGCUACAUUGGUGUUACCACCCCAAAAUUUAUCUCCAGUAAUCAUGAAUAGAUUAAAGGAAAUUGCUGACAAGGUUGCCAAAGCUUGGAAGAUUACUGGUCCAUUCAACAUGCAAAUCAUCAAGAAUGACCAUAAUGGCUCUUUAAGUGAUAAUGAAUGUGAUUUGAAGGUUAUCGAGUGUAAUAUUCGUGCAUCACGUUCAUUCCCAUUCGUUUCCAAGGUAUUGGGUGUUAACUUCAUCGACGUGGCUACUAAGGCAUUAAUCAAGGAAAAUGUUCCUCAACCAACCAAUUUAAUGGACAAGGAAUACAAUCAUGUUGCUACUAAAGUACCCCAAUUUUCAUUCACCAGAUUGGCAGGUGCUGAUCCAUUCCUUGGUGUUGAAAUGUCUUCCACUGGUGAAAUUGCAUGUUUUGGUGACGACUUGAUCGAAGCUUACUGGACUUCAAUUCAAUCUACUAUGAACUUCACGGUCCCUCAACCCGGUUCAGGCGUAUUGUUUGGCGGUGAUUUGAGCAACGACAAGCUAGGAAAUGUUGCAGCUACGAUCUCUGGUCUCGGUUACAAGUUCGUCACUGCAUCAGAUGCAGUUGCGAAGUACUUAAAGGCGUACGUAAGUGAAGACAUUGAAGUCAUCGAAUUUCCUAAAACAGACAAGAGAGCGUUGAGAGAAAUUUUCCAAAAGCACAAGGUUUCCGCGGUAUUCAAUUUGGCCAAGGCCAGAGCUGAAGACUUAUUGGACGAGGACUAUGUCAUGAGAAGAAAUGCAAUUGACUUUGGUAUCGCUUUGUUCAACGAACCAAAUACUUCUGCGUUGUUUGCGCAGUGUUUGAAGGCUAAAAUCGCUACCAAGUCACUGUUCGAAGAGAUACCUUCUGAGGUCGUUGUUCCACACGAAGUCAGAAGAUGGAGUGAAUUUAUCGGCGGCAAGCCAGUGUAA